AUGCAGCAUCCUAAUGGGAGAAUAGUGGUUGCAUGGAACCCGUUGAGUUUUGAUGUGGAUAUUAGAGGGAGUUCGAGCCAGUGGAUGCAUUUUGCAGUUACGGCUAAAAAUGGAAUUCAGGUUGUUAUUACAGUGGUUUAUGCUUUUAAUGAUAAAGUAGGUAGGGAGAGACUUUGGGAAGAUUUGGAGAGCAUGGCUAAUAGUGUCUCUUAUCCUUGGAUAGUGAUGGGUGACUUCAAUGCAGUGUUAUCUCUAGAAGACCGAUUCCCUUAUCAUGGUAAUGGUUCAGAUUUUUUGCCUUUUCAGCACUGUGUUGAGCAUUGCAAAUUAUCAGAUAUGAAAUUUUCUGGCACGUUUUUUACUUGGAACAAUAAACAAGGGGGCAAAGAUAGGGUUUACGCUAAACUUGAUCGAGUUUUGGCCAAUGAGAGCUGGAUAGGGAAGUUUCAGAAUGCUGAGGUUAUUUUUUUUCCUGAGUGUACCAUGGACCAUAGCCCUUUUAUGGUCAACUUUGGUUCUCUUCCUGAGAAUAAAAAGCCAUUCAGAUAUUUCAACUUUUGGAGCAAUUUAGAGGGUUUUCAUAGGACAGUUGCUGAGUCUUGGAGAAAGGAUGUGCAGGGGACUCCAAUGUAUUCGUUGAUUACCAAGCUGAAAAGGCUGAGAUUUGAUUUGAAAAAGCUUAAUAGAGAAGGGAAAGGAGAUGUGUUUAUGCAAGAUACAAUGACUCAUAAGUUGAUGAUUGAUGUCCAAGAUAAGUUGCAAUGUGAUCCGGGUAACAUCCAGCUGAUAGAUGAGGAGAUUGCUAGAAGGAAAGAGUAUCAGUGGGCUCAUAAAAACUUGGUUCAGUUUCUUAAGCAAAAGGUAAAGGAAGAUUGGCUGAAGCUUGGUGAUGAGAAUACUAAGGUUUUCCAUAACAGUAUUCGGAAUAUGCAUAUGCAGAAUGCCAUAUUUUCGAUUUGGGAUAUGAAAGGUCUGUGGCAUGAUAGCCAUGAAGAGGUUCACAAUGCAUUUUAUGCAUAUUAUGAAGAUUUACUUGAUACAGCAAUGAGAAACAGAAGGAGAGUUUUAGUUUCAAUAGUUCAAUCAGGUCCCAUGAUUUCGGAUCAACAAGCUGUCUUCUUGAGAUGUAGACAAAUCAUUAUUCAAUGGUUGCCUGAAACAAAGAUUACCAAUGAUGGUGAAAUUUUACAACAGAAAAGUAGAAAAUGGAGUGAGCGAUAA